GGGCCCCGUUCCUUAUUUAAGGUUCCUUAUGACGAACGGACAACACGCACCCAUACCCAUAGGGGGGUCGUUGGGAGGAGGACUGGCUAUGGGUUAUGGGUGCGGGUUGUCGGACCCUGGGGAACGCUCCCGCUCGAGCGGGGACCCCCAUCCGACAACGCGCACCCAUGGCCCUCUCCGAUCCCCCUAUGGGUAUGGGUGUGUGUUCUUGGUUCAUCAUCCUUAGGCCAACGCCCCGACUGCACCAGCCAUGCGCCCGCUCGCGCUCCUCGGCGAGGUGCUCGCGCUCCGCCUGGGCGCGCGGGCGCUGACGCUGGGCCGGCGGGACGCCGGCCCGCGCGGGGCGGGGGCCGCCUCGGGGCCGCCGGGCGCCUGCCCGGCGGCUCUGGGGCUGCCGGACUGCCCGCGGCGCGGCGGCGCGGACCCUGACCCUGGCGCGGACUCCCCCAGUUGCCUCGACUACGACCUUCUGGCCGAGGACAUGGGCGAGCUGGGCUUCGGCGGCGAGGGCUGCGCGGAGGCGGCGCAGAGUAUGCGCGCUCGCGCGCGAGGCAACCCCCUGGCCAACAGGCCCGUCGACGGACAGGUGCCUCGCGCCAACGUGUCUCAUUCAAAGCCAGUGGUCUGGGUCCACGUACACAAGUCCAUGGGAACUUUCAUCUAUUCGAUGGCACUCCUGAACCACGAGAACGUUGUCCGGCCGAGCUUCAACGGGAACUGGUGGCCGUUCGACACGCCCGAUGCAGUAUGGAGGGGAAAGGCGACGCAUGCCGACUGCUCAAAGAGAUCUGAGUAUUUCGCUUGGUCGAAUGUCACCUGGGCUCAAAUUGAGCAUGUAGUGGACGACUACAAUCUAUGCCACGAAGACUUUAAUUACGGAACUCUUCUCCGAGAUCCAAACGAACUAGCUAUCUCCAAGGCGAGCAUGGAAAAGUACACACUAGAGGAGACGAUUGCAUCUUUGAAUUGCCUCAAGGGGGUGGGGGAAGCUGGUCCUGAUCUGACCCAUGCUUGCGACCGUACAACUCCCUCUGGGAAAGCGACAUUGUGGUGGUUUUUCGACAACUUCCUCGUCCGGACGCUCGGCGGUCAUUCAGUUUGGUCGCUCCCUGCAGGGGGUGUUACCGAGGAGCAUGCGCACAAGGCGAUAGAGCGCUUGUCGAAGUUCGAGGUCGUGAUGUUUGCGGCGGACUUCGAAGAUAAGCGAUAUCUCGAGACCGCGAUCGGUUGGCGCCCAGAGUUCUUCGAUAAGGCAUACAAGAGGCCUUCUACUCACGUGGCCGAGCUGACCGACAAACAGAAGGAUCAAGCCAGGCUCGCCAACAGGUUCGACUACAUGGUUUACGACCACUUCAAGAGGAUCCCAAUGCGGAGGCGCGUGAAGAAGUUCCAAUGAUCUUAUUUGAUCGUACGUUUCUCUGCUCAGCGAGCGUUUUGCGCGUUGUGCGCGUUUGGCGUUUUCUCUUGGCGAUUGCCGCGCUUUUGGCUCGGUGACCGCCUUGCGUCUGUUUCGCCGCAUAGCCGACCAUCGCUCACUUCGCACUGUGAGAGCUGAGACCGAAA